UCUCUCGCUCUCUCUAUGGUGCGUUUGUUUGUGUAUCGGCGAGUCCCGGCGGUGAAACCGGAGAGGGGCCUCAGUGAGAGGGAAUGCGGGACUGCAAUGGAGCACAAUGCAAUACAGUGGUUGGGUGCUCCCUCCUGCCAGCGAGGCAGCUACGCCUUCUAUAAGUCGGUGAGCAGCAGAGCUCAGCCUGACGGGCCGGUCCAGGUGUGGAAGCUUGGGGAGUUUUACUUCAUCCGCUGUGGACCGCAGGAUCCCGUGUGCAUCGCUGAGGUCACCUUACUGUGGGAGGACCAGGCCAGGCGCCACCUGCUGGCCAGUGCCAGACUGUACUUCCUGCCUGAGGACACACCGAAGGGCCGGACCAGGGAGCACGGAGAGGAUGAAGUUCUGGCAGUGUCCAGGAAGAUGGUGGUGCGGGUGGAGGACCUGGUGCAAUGGUCAUGUGUAGAGCCGGCAGGUUGGAGCUGCAGCACGAAGCCGCCGUCUGGAGGAACCAACGGGAUCCACAAACCUCCGCAGAGCAGUGAGCUCCUGAAAGACAAAGCUGAGGAUGGCGUGGCGGAGUGUCAGGGCGUCAAAGUGCUCAGCUACCCGCAGUACUGUCGCUUCCGCUCACUGCAGAGACGCAUCCAGGACACCGCCAGGGGGCCGGCGCUGCAGGACCCCCACCUGCUGGCCCUGGGUGGCGUCAAGGUGCUGCCCAACACCCGAGUCAUGUACUGCAGAGACACCUUCACCCACCCGACGCUGGAGAGCAGCGCCUGCUUCUCCUGGCAGUUCAGAUGUCCAACUCUCAGUCUUCGAGGACGACCUCGAAAGAGGAGAGGCCGGGACAGCAAGGACUCCCCCAACUCCAGCCAGUCAGAGUCCUGGAUCGAGAGGAUGAAGGAGAACGUGAUGGGCAGCGUGGAGGUGGGCUGUGAGGGUAGCUGGCUCCCCCACCCUGAGGAGCAGCUGUUCCUGGAUCAGCUCUUCACCUUCAUGGACCGUCAUGGAUCACCCAUCCACAAAGUCCCAAACCUGGGCUUCAAGAAGAUCGACCUCUUCCUCAUGUACUCGGUGGUGAAACGGCUCGGAGGCUACAAAAAGGUGACGGUGGACCGGCUCUGGAAGGUGGUGUACAACGAGCUGGGAGGAUGUCCCGGCAGCACCAGCGCCGCCACCUGCACCCGGAGACACUAUGAGAGGCUGAUGCUGCCGUAUGAGGAGCACCUCAGAGCUGAAGGAGCAGAGUUUAAAAUCCCAGAGUCCCCCACGCCCCCCAAACCCAGAGGGAUCAGAGGGAGGAAACCUCUUCCAAGAGGCAGGAAACCUGGACCAAAACCCAAAGAGAAGAAGACCGUCACCCCUGCUGUUCCUCCUGCAACUCUUCCUCCUGAUGCAGCUAUGGGGAACCCAAAUGGCAUCGUGGUGGUGAAAAGAGGCCGAGGUCGGCCGCCAGGAACCCGGAACAAGGCCACGCUGAUCGCUCAGGCCAAGCUGCUGGCUCAGCAGCAGGCCAAGGCCAAGACGCUGGCUGAGCCUCAGAGUCCUCUGCUUCCAGCUAAAGGCAGAGGGGGGCCGACAUCCAGCAGCUCCCACCGGCCCAUCCAGCCGGCCAUCCUCCCCGUCAACAUGCCCCUCACCCCUGACCUGUCCCCAAUGUCGGCCCCUUUCCUCCCAUUCCCGCCCAAACCUCAUGACCUGAAACUGGACCGAGGUGAGUCUGGAACUCCCACCGUGCUCCUCUCCACACUGCCUCGCCACUUUGUCGGAGGCUCUCUGGGCGGGUUCAGCCCCAUCAAAGGCGUGUGUCCACUGGAUGUCUUCAGAAGCCGCAUAAGCCUCCAGAGGAGCCCAGCCAUGACCCCUCAAGACCCGGCUCAGCACCACCAGACCGUCUACACCCUGCAGCCCAAAAAUGGAAACCCGGAUACGCCCCAUCCCAGCGGUGAGCAGCCACACCAGCAACACAACCGCUGUUCGGGGUGUAACUCGGAUGAAGGGGGUCAGAGGGGGGGCGGCCGGGACGCCAGGAGCCGCCCCCCCCUGCCCCCUCUCCGGGUCCUUCCUCUCAACCUGGACUGCAGCGUUCAGGUGUGCCAGUUGAUGAGGACUCGUCACUUGGACUCGUCUCAGCUGCAAACCUUCACCCGCCGGCUCUCCGAGGCCCUGUCCCAGGACCUGAGCACCAAGCCCCCAUGCUCCCCCAUCACCCCUCCCCCCGAGCAGGCGCUGCCCCUCAACCUCAGCAAACGCUUCGCCCCGAAGACUUCCGGCUCAGAUGGAACGGAGCCGAGCCGGCAGGCGGCAAAUGGAAACGUAGAUCCGCCGUUGUCGAAGAGGUCCAGAACCAGCCUUCAGGACCAGGCCCAGGACUUCAGCCUGGGGGGGCGCUGCAACUCUGGAGGAGGUGCAGGAGGAGUCCAGGAUGUGCAGGCGAAGAGCCAGGAGGAGCCCGCAGACUUGAGCUCCCCCAGCAGGAUCAGGGCAUUCCUGCUCGGGCUGCCGCCCUUCAAGGUGAAACUGGAGGAGGACCUGAAUGGGAUCCGGUUUGGGAAAUUUCCUCCUUCAGGAUCAGAUCCUGAAAGCCAGAGAACUGAGACCGAGAAGGGGGAGGGGACUGCGGCAGUGAAGAUGGAAGAGGAGGCUGAGAAGGAGCAAACUGAGGAGAGAGAGCCCAGCCACUGCGCCGGUUCUGGUUCUGGUUCUGGUCCCACGGAGCUACGGGGACCCAGAUCCACUAAACCUGACACACAAUGUUUUUAGCAUUAAUUCCUGUUCACACGCGCAGUAUCAGGCAGGAAGUUACAGCCUGAGGGAGCAGGGACGUCCCAGUCCGCCGUUCCCUCCCAGCAUUUCCUUUUUACUGGUUUGGGAUGAACGACGUCGCAGAGACUCGUGACAAUCACAGGGUUUCUCUUCCUUUUCUCCCUCGUUAACCGAAGAGAAACCGACUCCCAAACACUGCCAUAAGCCUCCGUAACACUAGUAACUCCACCAUUCAAUGUUCCGUUGAUCCACGUUAGUUAGAACAACAGACUCUACGGGUGAUGCUAUGCAUCAAGACUUCAUGGAAUACAUCUAGACUGUACUGUAGUUAGCUUCAUUUUUAAAUUUUACUCUACAUCUGUAGAGAGAUGGUUAUUUUCUCAUAAAGUGUUUAAAUGUAAUCUGGGGCUCCUCAAGUCUUCACGUUAUAGCUCAUGAAGUGAAGCGUUUCUUUAGUCCUGCUCAUUAGCUGAAAUUAUAUAAACUUUUUACACACAUGUGCCUUAAACGGCCUGCGAUCUGCCUCAUCGCUGGCUUCUAACACAUCCACCUGAAGAGAUACCUUGAUGUUGGACCACCAGAGACCUUUAUCCUUCUGAUCCUGAACUGGUCUGGUAGGAUACACGGCUAUCGGCUCGCAUUUAAUGCCAAAACAAAUAUUGGUAAUCCAUGAGAUAGACCCAGGUGGUUUUUUAGGGGCGAUACCAAUUAUUAGUAGUCAAGGAGGCUGAUAUUUGGAGCUGAUAUUCAUUUCCAAUAAAAGUGUAAAUAUUUCGUCAAAAUAUUGAGAGUAAUCCAGACUCCAACACUUUGUUUAAAUGCUUUUAAGCAUACAUUUAUUUAACAGUUUCCAGGGUCAGCAGCAUCUCAUAAAGUGAAGUAAACAUUUAAAUAAAUAACUUGCUGAAGUUUUAUAAAGUAAAUAAAACAGUUAAAUAAAAUUUGCAACAAAAUGUAAGUCUCAACUCGGGUCAGUAGUCUCAGUUGAGCAGAAAAAAGCAGAGCUGCU